AUGAACAUAAUUCGAUUAUUUUCACUUAUAACAAUUUUUGGUUUAUUAUAUUUUUCUACAACAGUUGUUUAUGGUGAUGAAGAUAAAAUUGAUAGUGAUGAUGUUGAAGUUGAUGAAGAUGAACCUAUUGUAAAUUUAGAUGAAACUUUAACAACAACAACAACAACAAGUGAUAAUCUUGAAGAAAAAGAAGAAGAAGAUCCAAAUCGUAUUCCAUCUUCACCUGAUUUUCGUACAAUUUAUAUUUUUAUUCAACCAGCUAAAGCUAAUGAAUUAAUUGCUGGUAAAUUAACUCGUUUACUUGUUGGUGCACGUAAUAAUGGUACACAAAAUUUUAUUAUUGAAUCUAUUGAUGGUUCAUUACGUUAUCCACAAGAUUAUAGUUAUUAUAUACAAAAUUUUACAGUAUUACGAUCAGAAAAAAUGAUUGAAUCUGGUUUAGAAUCAACAUUUGAAUAUUUAUUUAUGCCAAGUGAAACAUUUAAUGGACGACCAAUGGGUUUAGUUGUAUUAAUUAAUUAUCGAAAUAAUGAAGGAAAACGAUAUCAAAGUGUUGUUUUUAAUCAAACAAUUAAUUUUAUUGAUGCUGAUGAAGGAUUUGAUGGAGAAACAUUUUUUCUCUAUAUUUUUCUUGGUGCAAUCUUAGUUCUCUUAGGAUUUUUAGCUUAUCAAUAUUUACUUUCAAAUCGUGUUAAAAGAGUUAGUAGUAAAUUAACAUCUCAAAAUCUUAGUAGUCAAUUAUCAAAAGGUAAUUAUGAUGUUGAUUGGAUUCCAAAACAUCAUCUUGUUCAAAAUCGUUCACCAAAAAAAAAUCUACGUGAACGAAAAUCUCGACAAACAAAUGAAACAAGUGGUACAGGUCCAGUAUCAAGUGAAAAUGACGAAUAA